GUACGGAUCGGCGUCAUUGUCAUCCAUAACUAGCGGAAGCCACGGUGACAACGGUGACAACGCUGCGGCUGAAAGCUCAAUAUAGUGGCAACGCCUCGUAUCAAGCAUUGCAUUGCGCCAAGUCGUCAUCGUGUGAAGCUUAUGCAAUUCGAAUGUCACAAAGGAUACUUGACAGAGAGACCAGGGAUAGAGACUAUAAAAGGGAAUAUAUAAGGUGCAGGUCAAACUUGCAUGAGACGAUCAUUCUCCGGCAUCAUUCGCUUCCAACAACCAAUUACGACUUCAUCUCACCACUCAUUAUUCUUCAGUCAAAAUAACCACUCAGUUAAGAUGUACACUUCAAUUCUCAUCGCUUUGGCCGCUAUCGCCUCUGCCAUGCCGGCUCCCCAAGUCACUGUCGGUUCCGGUCCGGAUCCUAAACAGGAAUUCGCGCUCGCCGUCAGAUACAACGGCAUCCCUCUCUCGCUCUUCGCGGUCAACAACGGCACCGACAAUGAGCGGGUACUUGUCGCUGAACGACUUUCCGCCUACCCAGGUACCCCAGCCUUUGCCAACGUGCAGGAUGGAGGAAGAUACACCUCGGUCAAUCUCGACAUUGAUGGCGAGUCCUUCGGGUUGGUCGUGAAGCCAGUGGGUACUUCGUAUGGGGAUAGUACGACCGUCCUCGCCAAGAAGAACACUCAAGAGUUCGGCUGGUCCAUCAAGGACGGUCUUGUCGACCACGCCCGAACCGGUCCAUUCAACUUCUUCUAUCUCUGCAAGGACACUGUCAAUGACCAGGAGGUGGAUGUUCUCAAGUGGGUCAAUGCUAACUACAACACUACCGCCCCGGAGGGUUGUGUCUACACUCAAAUCUACCAGAACUGCAACGUUGAUGGUAGCGAGUACAAGUGCUAAGCGGCUUUAUUCGGAUUGUCAACUGUAUACAUAUAGCAUCGCGUCCUCCUAAUAUUUGCCGUUAUUAUAACCUGGUUCCGUUCGUCUCAUAGAUUGAUUAGAUAGAUUUUCUACAAAUCUGUGAAUCUUACCUGC